CUGCACAUUUGGAGUCCAACCUGUCUCAAUCCACGCGUUGUUCCUCUAUUCCCAUGAUUAUUUUGUUAUUGAAAACUUGUUCAGCAGCUCAAGUAACCCCGGUCCACUGGAAGCACAAUAGUCCGACGACGACAACAGCUAACAUCGCUUCCACCCCCUAACUAAAUAUUGCCAACUAUGAAAAUUAUCAUCGUCGGCGCCGGAAUCACCGGUCUAUCAACAUACCUCCACCUCCUCAAGCACCUCCCCAACUCCAAAUCCCACACCAUCACAAUCUACGAAUCCCACAAGCCACGCUCAUCACUCCCCUCCUCAAACCCCCCUAUCUCAAUUGAAUCCCUCUCCACGUCCACAGCCCUAGUCGGUGGUGGUCUAGGAGUAUCCCCCAACGGAAUGCGCGUCCUCUGGGAACUCGAUGAAGAUCUACAUGACGCAGUUGCCGCGCAAGGGUUUCCUACCGAGCACUUUGUUUUUAAAGGGGCGAAUGGCUGGGUUCUUGGGAUGCAGAGAACCGGGGAUGGGAAGGUGAGAAAAGAAGGCGAGAAAGAGGAAAUCUGUAUCGCAAGUUCUCGACACGGCCUUUGGUCGGUGAUUAUGAAGACUGUUGGGGAAGGCGUUGUGCAGUAUAAAAAAGUUAUUAGUAUCGGUAGAGACCCGCAUACGGGUCAAGUUAUCGUGAGGACAUUAGACAGUGAGGGGAAUGAGGGAGAAGAUGUUGCAGAUCUCUUGAUUGGGGCGGAUGGAGUCAAGAGUGUGGUUCGAACGGCACUACUUGGCGGCGAAGGGAAGUAUACGCCCCAAUAUCUCGGCCAAUCCGGCGUCGGCGGCUUCAUCAACCAGCCCAUCCCCAAAUAUAUCCGUGACAACAAAGCUAUGGUAUUUACCUUCGGCGGUGCCGGAUUCUUCGGAUACUCUAGCGGUGGACCCGCAUCUGCCGAAAGCGUGAUGUGGUGGUCUACAUUCGAAACCUCAUCUCUCCCUUCAACAAAUGAUAUAAACCCCACCGAGAUCAAGAAGGCGCUCAUUGAGCGUCAUAAGAAUUGGAAAGACCCAGUCCUCCAAGAUAUUAUCCUGAAAGCUGAAGUACAGUCUAUCUAUCCAACGUGGGUUCUUCCCGAGCUACCAAACUGGGGGGAACGUGGGAUUGUGUUGGUUGGAGAUGCGGCCCAUGCUAUGGAUCCGACAACGGGCCAGGGUGCUUCUCAGGGCUUAGAAGACUCGAAAACUCUAGCUCUUUUACUUGCCAAGUGCAUGAAGCGUUCUGAGGCAGGGGGGGCGAGCGGCCCAGGGAGUGAGAAAGAGGCUGUUGCCCUUGCUAUCAAACUCUACCACCAGAUCCGCAGCCCUCGAGUUUCCGAGAUUGUGGAGCGCGGCAAGAAGUUAGCUGGAAAGAAAGCUAAUGUUGGGAUUAUCUUGGAAUACGUGACCUAUGUCUUCCUCUGGUUGCUGAAUAAAUUCCCAUCGUUUGGAAAAUUUAUGCUCGGGGAUGUUAAUCGAUCGCUGUACGCUUGGUCCGCGGAAGACGAGAUCCAGAAAGCCUUCCGGGAAAUGGGUAGUUCGUCGUAA